AUGGCUCUCAAGAUUGGCUAUGUCGGUCUCGGAGCUCUAGGAUCCGCUAUCGCUCCCAACGUCGCAGCUUUUGCUCAUGAGAACGGAUUGGAACCUGUCGUCUUCUGGAAUAGGUCAGAAAACAAAUUCACCGCUAUCAAAGACCAGCUUAACGGUGGACGUUACGCUUCGGAUCUCGCAGACGUCGUCAAGGACUGCAAUCUCGUUCUCGCAUGUCUUGCCAAUGACCAAGCUUGCGAAGAGGUCUUUGGCGCUAUGGCUGAGGCUUUGAAAACGAGCAACUCAUCAGAAAAGGUCGUCUUUGUCAACCAGAGCACCAUCAAGCCUAUCACUGCUAAUAAGCUCAAGGACCAAAUUGAGGAAGCUGGCGGGUCUUACCUCACCGGUACUGUCUUUGGACGUCCAGACGCAGCCAAAGCAAGGAAACUUGUCGUCGCGUUGGCGGGUGACAAGGCGACCAAAGACAAGGUGAAGCCAUUGAUGGAAUUUAUCGGACGCUACACGCUGGACGCCGGACAGGACUGUGCAAACGGGGCCGCACUCAAGCUCAUGGGCAACUCUAUCAUCCUUGGCACGAUGCAGCUUUACUCCGAGGCUUAUGCUUUGGGUGAUGCUAUAGGAAUGGAUCCAAAAGUCUUCCAUGAGCUUCAUUCCACCUUAUUCAACUCACCUGUUCUCCUUCCAUAUAGUGACAAGAUCUCUCAAGGAAAGUUCGGGCACGCCGGUUUUACCGUCGAGAAUGGACUCAAGGACGCUACAUACAUCCUAUCAAUGGGAGAAGAGCUUGGACAUCCUGUCAACCUCCCGACGAUCGAGAGAGCGCGCAACAAUCUUUCCACUCUGAAGGACGAGGGUUUGGGACACUUUGAUUGGUCCUCAAUCGCAUCAACGGAGAGAAAGAAUGCCGGCCUACCGCCUUGGCGGGAGGGAACAAACGAUGGAAAAGCGUGA